AUGCUUGAUUACGACGGCGUGUGGUGUUACAUAAUAGGUGAUACUUGCGAGAAAUUUAAAACUUUGAAAGAUUUUACAGGGUUUGGUUUUGUAGGGAACAAAAAACAAGUAAUAAAGAAACGAAAAGAGAUGGUAAUAAAUGUAGAAAAAGCGAUAAAAUAUCAGAAAAAAUCGAUCAAAAAAGUUAUCCAAAAAAACGACAAAAAGAAUUACAAACAAAAAAAAGAUAAGAAAAAAGACGAUAAAGAUGACAAAAAAGUCGAUAGAGAAAGGGUGAAAAAAGGGAAACAGAAAACGAAAGCACAAAAAGCGACAGAAAAAACCGACGAGAAAAAACCCAAAAAAGAUAAUAACACAAAGGCGCCAGGAGAAAGAAAAAAGACCAAAAAAGAAGCCAAAAAAACAGAUAAUGCAAAAAGGGGCCUAAAAACACCUAAAAAGACUAUAAAAAGUCAAGGACAAUCUAAAAUAUGA